AUGCUCCGCUACACCGGCACGGGCAGCCAAUGGGGGGGUGACGGGGGGCACUCUGGGAGUGGCGGUUGUUUCAAGAUGGCGGAGGCGGGCGGUGGGCUCGGCGGUGCUGUUUACUGGAGUCAGGGCAUUUCUGAUGGAAAACAGCCAAUGGUGUCUGUUUCAGGAGCGGCUACGGAAGGAAAUUUAAGAACAAGGUGUUUGCCAAAAAAUCAGAAAAGUGAAACUGAACUAAAGGUGCCUGCAGCUCCUGCUUCCAUUCCCAUGGAUCCUGUUAGAAGCACAGGAGAUCUGACAGGGCAGCAGGUCACUAAUGAAGGAGGAAUGAAGAGUGCUUCUUUAAAGGAUUUGUGUCCUGAGGACAAGAGGCGCAUUGCGAACUUAAUUAGAGAACUUGCCAGGGUAAGUGAAGAAAAGGAGGUGACAGAAGAACGGCUGAAAGCUGAACAGGAGUCAUUCGAGAAGAAGAUCAGACAGCUAGAGGAACAGAAUGAACUUAUCAUCAAGGAAAGGGAAGCUCUGCAGCAGCAGUACAGAGAAUGCCAGGAACUUCUGAGCCUUUAUCAGAAGUACCUAGCUGAGCAGCAGGAAAAACUAUCCCUCUCCCUUUCUGAACUCAGUGCUGCCAAGGAAAAGGAGCAGAAGGCAUCCAGUAAGAAGAGCUUAUGCCAGCAACCGUCUUUGGAGCUGGAUGGUUCCUACUUGGGUAUUGGGGGAUCUCAAACAUUGCAUAAGAACAGUAAAGCAUCAAAGGCUGGAAGCCCAGCCCGUGUUGCAUUGCCUCAGCCUUGCAGAAAUAAUUAUGAUUAUGGGGCUGAAAUUCACUACAACCAUCAGGAAUCUCUGAAGGAAUAUCCAGUAGAAAAUGGCUUUCACAGGAAGUGGAACAACAUGAUUUCCCCAGCCAAACAGAGGAGCCCUCGCCAUGUAAAACCACCUCAGGAGAUUGACCAGAAAGCAAAUGAAUUUCACAGCAUGUGCCCUCUACAAGUCUGUCAUGGUUGUGCCUGCAAGCAAGGAGGAUGCUCAGGGAGCAUGCAGGAGAGCCACCAGGUCAGCCAGGUACUUAGAAAACACUCUGCACCAGUUCAGAAAACCUGUGAUGAUUCUAGGCUCUCUCAGGUUUCUGGGCUGAAUGACAGUGUGAACUCUAGGAAAAAAGAAACAGAGAAUGCUAAAAGGUUAUAUGAAGAAAGAAGGCAGAAGCUGCUUCUGCAGAAAAUGGAGCUGGAAAUUGAAAAGGAACGAGUCCAACGUUUACUGGCUGAGCAAGAAGCAAAACUGCUCCUGAAACAACAGCGGCCACACCAAUCCUGUAUGGAUUAUAACAGGUUUAGAGGCCACAUGCCUAUUUCAGAAGAUGUGCCCAUUGAUGAAGCACUGGGAGAACUUGCUGUGAUGAUGAACAGCAAGAGCAUGGGGCUAAGUGUGCCAGUGUCGAAACGUGAAGAUUACUUUCCAAGGACACCUCCAGUGAACAAAGCCUCCAGAACACCAGGAAGUGGUGGGAGUAGUUUGGGGAAGAAAAUGAUUGGGUUUGGUGCAAACAUGCAAGAUGAGAGAACCCUUCUUGUGCAAACCAAGAGGGAAGGCACCAAGUCAAGGAAAGGGACAACUUCAGGACCUAGGAAGGAUGCAGCUACAUCUCCCAUACUGAUAGGCAGCAGCACAUCCCCAAUCCAGCAUGACAUUUCACAGACUAGAUUCAACUCAUGUUUGUGCCAGCUUUAACUAGCACGAACCCUGGCACCCGGCAGUAGCAGCAAUGGAAAGCCUGCCAGGGAGAAGGUGUUGGAAAGCGACAGAAGCUCCCUGCCAGCACAAGGCAUCAGGGUGCUUGCGUAGCUUCUGGGGAGGGCUGGCUGGAUAAGCAGGCAUGGCAGGUAGAAGAUGCGAUGGCUUGAUAGCCUGUCUUGGCAGUGCUUGACUGGAGGCUUCAGUGUGUUACAGCUACCUCAUGCUUGAGGAAGAAUCACUGCAGUCCUGCUUUAUUCUCUGUCAUGGAAUGAAUCAUGUCUGGGACAAGAAAUAUGUGUCCCUAGAAGGUAAAAAGGUGUGUGCUUCGAGAGCCUUAGUGCUAGACCUGUAGAAGGACCAGACUUGCAGAAUGAGUGUGCACAAGGUAGUUUCAGUGAUAUCUCUGAAAGAAAAAUAGCAUUUCUUUAUCUGGCAUCCUUAGUUGGGCUAAUAGUGGACUUGUUUGCCCAUCGUGCUUCUACAUAUAACAGAGUAGGUAUGUUAUGCUGAGUGAUAGGAAAUACGACACUGCUUUUCAUAAUAAAGCCAAGCAUUGCAUGUUUGAUUAUCCAGUGUUCUUAAGCCAAUGUCUACACCUGCAUGAGCCCCUUGAAAAUAUGUUCACAGCAGGUCUGGAAAGCAUUUCCACUCAUGUACUUAUUUAUCCAGACCAGAGCCCAUAUACUGGGGAUAAAAAAACUCCCACAGGCAAGGUUGGGGUUGUGCAAAUCUGGAAGAAUAAGUUUGUUCCUAAAAGCGUAAUUCCUCUUGACUAUUUAAACAUUACCUUUUUGUUGAUUUGGGAUGUCUUUGUCAUAACUGUUGUUUGCCUAGAAGGAAGACUCGUUUUGGCUGUGAGUUGGAAAGGAGCUGGAAAGUAGGGGGUAGUGGCAUUUGUAUGGUUUCAUUUAGUAAUGAAGUAGUUUUUACAUAAACUAGAUCUUACCUUGGGUAUAAUCAGGUACUGAUUUCAGCUAAACAAGUGUUGUGCUGCAAAACAGAAAUGAGACUGCUCUAAAUCAAAGUAUUAAGCUAUUUUUUUUUUCUACAAAAAUGUUAUAAAUUGUGCCUUGUGAAAGACCAUUUAAUUUGAUUACAGCUCUGGUGCAAUUGUCAGGCUCUCCCCACGCAGAAACAGUUGUAGUGUUGAGUUUGGCACAAUAAGUCCUAUAACACUGCAGAUAAUCAAGCACUUAAAAAGAUACCAGCAAAGGUUGUUCUGCUCACCAUGGAAACAGAUAAUUCUCCUGUAGCAUUUUUCACUUCAGGCAUCUAAGAAGUGAAUUUAAGAAGAGUUAGGUAAAUUAAGGGAUUGAGUGAUAGUCUGGGAUUUAAGCAUUAAGCCUGUGUUUUCUUGUUGCAGUUUUAAAUCAAGAGCUUUAAUGCUAGCUGAAUCCAUUGUCUUGGAGUGAAGUUUCUUGUAGCCAUUAAAAUAAGUGAUUUAGAAGUUCCUGCAAUAUGAAUACUAUAUUCGAGCUAUAUUAUUAUCUGUUAGACUACAGUGGCCUGUUGGAGUUUUUAUAAACAGAUUGUAAUGUGUAAAUUUCUGUUCAGGGACAUUUUAAAAACAAAACUAUUUACCCAAUUGCCCAGCAUAUCUCAGGUGAAUGUGUAUUCAGGGACUUUUAAGCAAAUUAAUAUCUGAUGUAAAAAUAUAACGUGCAGAGUUGUAUACUUAAUAAUGCACACUGGAAUAGUCUAGAGUAGAUCUGUUAGGCUGAGUGUUAGGAAAUACGAUAGUGAUAAGAUUUAAGCUUUUGCCUUACAUAUGUGGUGGUUGUCUUUCAGAUCUGUGCAUGCUGGAUGCUUAAAUAUGGUUCUGCUCUUAAGAUGAUACAAUGAAGUUUCUUCUAGUGUAGAGUCCAAGCGAGCACUGCAAAGAAAUAGAUACUUUUUUCCCCCCUUAGGAUCAGACGCCAUUCAAGAUUCAAAAGGAGAAUGAGGAAGAUGAUGAUGAGAAAACUUUCAUUCCAAAUCAAACUUAAGACCAUUUAAAGGCAUUAAAAGUUUUGAGUGGAGUGGUGAGUUAGGUGGUGAAUGUGUUAGGGGACGUGAGUUUUGCCUUCUCCCUGAGAAAGCCAGCAGCAUGAAAAGUCCAAUAUAGUUCCAUAUUCAAGUGAUAAAACCAGACGUUGGCAAAUUAAUCUCUCUUAUUCACAGUGUAGGUUGUUAAUUGUUCUCUCUGCUGGCUGUCGAUAUAAUGUGAAAUUUUCAUUCCCCAUUCAAGAUGGAAAAAGUUGUGGCUGAAAAUGUUAACAUUUGCAUUUUUAUUUGUUGAUUUAUUUAAAGGACAGCCUCUCUUACAGCAAUCCAUCACUCAGUGACACCCCAAAUAUGAAUAAUGUAUUGUAGACUUGUGGUUACAAUAUGUAAUAAGUGCCAGAGACGGCAGAAGAAUGUUAACUAUGUUGCAAAUGUAAUAUUUAUCGACUCAUAGUUUAUUGCUUUUGAGGUUCAAUAAUACUGACCAUAGGACAUUAAUAUCACUUAUCUUGAUUUUAGUUGGGCACCUCUGUAUGUAGAAAUAAACCAUCUAUCUCAUACUUACAAAAUAAAUGUGAAUUUUACAGUGCUUUGUAAGAAGUGCAUUGUAGAUUUCUUUGCUUAGUGCUCACAAUUCUCCUUUUCUGCCUUCUCAUUUGCUUGUGUCUG